UCCUCGGAACUCUCCGCUUUCUGCUCUUGUCCAGGCGACACUUACUGUAGGAAACCUGGGAGCGCGAAGAGCGUCUAAGAACCUUUCCUUAUUUAUAUCUAUACAUAGCCAUACAUACAUAUAGCGGAAAAUGGAGCAGAAAGACACAGAGGUGACUGAGAAAGGAGUUUCAUCUUCUACAAGCGGAGUUGUGGUUCAAGUUCGGGAGAAGAAGGGAGCUUUGCGCGCGGCCAUCCCUUACAUGCCCUUCCCUAUGGCUGUCAUGUGUCUGUUCCUCAACACUUUCAUUCCUGGGUUAGGUACGUUCAUCUCGGCCUUCACGGUGCUGUGCGGCGCCAGGACGGAUCUCCCUGACAGACACGUGUGCUGCGUGUUUUGGCUGAACAUCGCUGCUGCAUUUAUCCAGAUCAUCACCGCUGUGGUCAUGGUGGGCUGGAUCAUGAGCAUAUUCUGGGGCAUGGACAUGGUUAUCCUUGCAAUCUCUGAAGGUAGGUUCAGUUUGUGACCUUUGUUCUACUUCCUUAAACAAAAUAUAGCCACUUUAAAAAUUCUGUGUAGCAUUGAAAUUAAGCACUGGUUCAUUUACGCCAUGCUUCCUUUAUGCUGUUGAAUGGUGAGUUGGAGCAGUGAAGCAGCACUGAUUACAGCUCAGUCUGGCCAGACACUCAACCUACUUGAAGCGUACAGACUGUUAGCCGUGUCGCUCUUGUUCUGUUUAUUUCAGAGUUCUAGGUAAUGUUCCUCCCACCUCCUUCCAUCUGUCAGCUUUUCACCAGGCCUUUAGUUAUGUCUGUACUUUACAUAUAAGAUAACGACCAAGAUUUAGAGACAUGUUAUAUCAUUCAAAGCGCUUCAUAUUAAAUCCCAUUUUAAACACAGUUUGAUCAAAAGUGUGUGAUCUUCCUGUGUGUCAAAUCCAGGUGACUGUGGAACCUUAGUGUACAAGUGGCAGCAUGUUGUGUUCUCUUCUACUGGUAUAGUAGCAACACCACAGGUCACAGCCCACAGACACGGUCUGAAACAGACUGAUGUAUAGUAGUGAAGGUUCUUGCCUGCUGGUUAUUAUAUCUGUGAAUCUUUAAUGCAGAAAAAUAGCUGUUAAACUUGCCAACUUAAUGAAGUGACAGAGCCACUUUUUAUAAUAUUUUUCUGAUUUCUGCUCGCUCAAAAGGUAUUGCAGUAAUGUCAGGGAUAACACAGGGUGUGUGGAGAUGCACACAAACACAGUCCGACUCUUUUAAUUAGGGGAAAGACAGAAGUCCAGAAGGUCAGGGUCCAAAAACCAAAAGAACAAUAAACAAUAGCAGAAGGCUAGGUGUGAAAUGAGAGUCUUUAUCUACAAUACGGUCUAUAAUUGUGUGUGUAAUCAGUAAGAUUGUUCGCAAGUCUCUGUUGGUGCUGGCUGUUGUCUUCAGCAGCCAUGUUUGUAGGCCAUGUAGUUCUCUGGACUUGCAAGUUGAACGUCGUCUCCUGCAUUGAUGUGACACUUUCAUUUGUAACCUGGUUAAUUAAAAGAAUGAAUUAAUUCUGAAACCAAGAACACUAUCUGACCUUAAACGUGUCCUGCACUGAAAAUCAAGAGGUCUUGUUUCCUGAAGGUCUUGUGUAAGCUACACACCAUGUCCCUUGUUGUUCAGAAUACCAUUUGUGUAUAGCAUGUGUUUGUGUGUGUGUGAGAAUGUGCUGAGAACGAGUCUGUUUUUUCUCCUUCUCUUGUCAGGCUACAAGGAGCAGACAGCCAGCCAGCAGCUAUAAGCUGUCCUCAUGUUUGGGCCAAAAGAAUAUGCUUCCCAUCCUCACACUGCUGUACUUCUGGCCACUUCAUUAGCCAGGAGUGUUGACAUAGCCAUCACAAAAAGAAGGGCUAACGAAGGGCUAAACUAGUCAGAAUUCCAGGCUGCAAAUGUGCAUCAUCCACUAGUACACACAUACACACAUACAUACAUACAUACACACAAACUCACACACAAACACAUACUCACACACUCGCAUACUCUCACAUACUCUCACACACACUCACAUACUGUGCUCUCUCUCUCGCUCUCUCUCUCUCUCUCUCUCUCUCUCUCUCUCUCUCUCACACACACACACACACACACACACACACACACAUGUACAGCUCUGUGAUUACUAGCAGAAUCAAGCUAAUGUGCCAACUGAUGUGUACCACACUGUAAAUCUAACCCGGUUAGCGCUAUUUUCUUUUUAAAUCUGUCUUCUCUAGGCUUACAGUGUAUUUUAUUUAUGAAUUAUAGAGAUUUGCAUAAAUAAUCAUUUAGACAGCAAUUCCAGAUGGUCAAGUGCUAGCCCACAUAUCAACGUUAUCACAUCACCGUGGCGUGAAGGCAGCGAAACCUGUCUAAUCUGUCAAUCAGAUCUGAUUCAAUUUAAAAAGCUGAAUGCUGAAGGAGCCUAUGUCUCAGAGACUUUGGUCACCUCAGUGUCUCAGAGACGUUGGUCACCUCCGAGUGUCAGAGACAUUGGUCACCUCCGUGUCUCAGAGACGUUGGUCACCUCCGUGUCUCAGAGACGUUGGUCACCUCCGUGUCUCAGAGACGUUGGUCACCUCCGUGUCUCAGAGACGUUGUUCAACUCCAUGUCUCAGAGACGUUGGUCACCUCUGUGUCUCAGAGACGUUGGUCACCUCCGUGUCUCAGAGACGUUGUUCAACUCCAUGUCUCAGAGACGUUGGUCACCUCUGUGUCUCAGAGACGUUGGUCACCUCCGUGUCUCAGAGACGUUGUUCAACUCCAUGUCUCAGGGACGUUGUUCAACUCCAUGUCUCAGGGACGCUGGUCUCCUCUAUGUCUCAGAGAUGUUGGGCUGAUUUUUCCCCUGAUGUCAGCCCUGAUCCUGGUCCUGUACACUGUAAAGAUGUGGUAUGUGGUACAGUGUGGGACGUAGUACCUAGUGGGUAAGGCGUUGGACCUCUGAUCUGAAGGUCAUGAGUUCAAAUCCCAGGUCCACCAAGCUGCCACUGUAGGGCCCCUGAGCAAUGCCCUUAACCAGCAAUUGCUCAGUUGUAUAAAUUUAAAUAAAUUGUAAGAUACUUUGGAUGACAGAAAUGUAAAGAGAAAAAAAGGUGUGUUUAGGAUGGAUUUAUUUCACUGUCAGGCCAAAGCGAUAAGUUCAAAAUGUCUUACUUAAGAUUUUGAAAUCUAUCCUUGGUAAAUAUCUGCAGCCUUCAUGACACAGUGAUAUUGUGCUGUUCUUCUGUCAUUUUCCCUCUUGAUAUAAAAUGAAGCACAAUUUCUCUUAAACCUGUCUCACUUUAUUCAGUUUUAAUCUCUUUAGAUUUACAAAGAAAGGAACAGAUUUUAAGAUUCUGCUGUUCAAAUCUUUUAAUCUGUCACUCCGUGUUGUUAAAUAGGUUUAUCAGUAAAUACUGUAUGUGAUGUGAUUUAGCUGUUUUUUUUGUGUGUACAGAAUUGUUUACACAAACGCAACAGGAAACAAAACUGCCUUUAACAGAAUUCAAAUAUAUUGAAUGAAAAUAAAAUAUCAAUUGUGA